AUUUUGUGCUUUCAACUGCUUGAAGUUAGCACACCUGAGAGUGAGACUCCCUCUUGACCAAUAUGGGCACUCCCAACAAACCAAGCAACCAAUCCAUCUCUUCCUCUGCCUCCUCCUCUUCCCCCUCUCAUCCAUUCCCUCGUUCUUCUUCUUCUUCCUCCUCCUCUUCCUCUUCUUCUCCUCAACUGGACAACCCAACCAACAGCCUAUCAUCCUCCUCCUCCUCCUCCUCCUCCUCCUCGUUCCUCCACACCUCCUCCUUCAUCUUCUUCGUCCUCCUCAGUCUCGCCAUCGCCUGUCUCUGCGUGUAUGAUAUCAUCAGACAGACUACCUCUGGCCUCAGAUCUUCUACCAUCCAACUCACCUCCAUCGCACUCGGCUCCUGUCUCUUGGUCCUCGUCGUCUCCUUCUUCACAUCCAUCUCUCGAUACCUCACCGUCAAACAUACUCUCACUCUCAUCCCCAAACCAUACAUCCCGAUCUCCCAAGUUGACCUACCCAAUCCGAUCUUCCAAACGAUCAACCAAGAGUAUGGUCGGAUUGCUAUCAUCACCUACCUGGCCAGUACCCCAGACAACCCACAUCAACCACCACCACAGGAAAGAGUCGGACUGGCUGGAUGGGGCAAACCGGGGACGAUACACCAUGGUAAACGGUUUGCUGAUCAGAUUCUGAAAGACUUCAAAACCCUAGAGCAUGCCCUCGAUGGCUUGUUACCCAUCCAACCGAUACCAUCCAUCCCGACGCGUCAAUCCUCAACGAUCGAUGGCCCACUCACUCGAUAUCUCCAUAUCCUCAACCCAUCCUCACCCACCCAACCCACACCCAUCCUACUCACACCAGCUCAAAAGCACAUCCUCAAUCGAUACGCACUCCUCAUUCAAAAAUCAUUAGCACCCUCCUCGAUCGUCACCGAAUCUGAUUAUCAGGUCGCCUGCAAAUGUCUCGUCAUCCUGGUCGAUCAGAUCCAGCUCUCUCGCUCCCCCGAUUGGCCUAAUCCAGAUGGCUAUGGUCCCAAGGGACAUCCGCUCUAUCAGGGUAUCAGAUUUAAGGAUGCGAUCAUCGAAACAGCAAUCAAAUUAGAACAAUCAUUGGCGCAGAAGCUGCUGGUUCAAUCGGUCAAGCCCAGCAAGACUGCGAGUCUUACGCCUCCCUCGACGAUGCAAACGAGUCGGCCAGGAAGUGGUAUGCGAACGACGACGAUCACAGGGACGAUGAACGGGAAGGAGGCGAUCGAGAACCUGGUCAAGAAACUCUUCCCGCUCAUCUAUCCUCCCUUCCUGCCUAGCGCCUUUGGGCCGAUCAUCACCGGAUACGAAAACCUCAUCAAGGAGAUCGCCUUCCUACAUCCGCAACUCGAACGAUCUCUCGAGGAGUACGAAUACGCUUUGAGGUGUAUCGGCUCACUUAUCUCACACGUCCAGAAAACUUUGUAGAUGUCUAUUUGAUCUUUUUUUUUCAUUCUCACAAAAUGGCAAUUCAAAAACAAAAGGUCAUGGUGCUCUCAGUUGUGGAUCGAAACUGUAGAUGAGGAAAUUUGCAAUUAAAAGGAACAUUGAUAUGGUGAAAUUGGUGAUGAUAAGAAUGAUCA